UACGGACAACCUUUUAAUCGGGGUCCUUCAGAGGUCCCAUGUGGCGCGAUAUGGGAAACUGAGUGUGAAAUAGUUUGACAGCAGGAGAGCCGAAGUGAUUAUUGUCCCCGUGUGGCUCUCCGUCCAUCCACACAACAUGUUUUCUGCAGAGCAAAGUUGUUGGUUUGUCCGCAAGGUGAUUUGCUGGAGAGCUGCGGCCAGUAUUGCUUGGGCUGUCCUGUUGUUGCCACCCAUCACUGCAGUUUUUGUAAUCCUCAGCAAGUUCAGUCUCCUGCAUCCCAUCCAGACGAUAUCAGAAUGCCUGUCCCUCCUAAGGAGUGCAAGUGCCAUCUUCUCAUUAAUCCUGCUGUGUGGAGUGAUCCUCAUGGUUGGGUUCCUGAACCUGGAGUAUUAUACAGUCAUCCCAACUAUUGCGUGCUCGAAAAUUGCCCUAUUGGGUCAGCUGCUCCACCCUCGUCAGCUUGUCAACUCCCUGGUCCACUGCAUCAUGGGAAUAAUCGUGGCAUGGUGUUGUGCCAUCACCAUCGGUGGCAGAUAUGAGACACUCGGCUACCCUUGUGCACAGAGUGAUGGUGACAGCUCUCCUCAGAUGUGUCUAAAUGAGUAUCACCUCAUCCUUCUGCUGGCUGGAGCCUUUGUUGGAUUCUCUUACAGUCUGCUGGGUGUGAUCCACAACAUGAACUAUGUCUCUUUCCACACUGUUCAGCAAUACAAAUACCUUCGCUUUAAGGGAUCCUUACCUUUGGUGGUGAAGUGCAGCGCCACUCAAGCACUUAAAUCUGUCAGGAACUACAUUGUUGUGUAUUUGUUUUUAGGAUACAUUCCCAAAGCAUGGAUUUGUAAAACACUGAAUCUGCAUUUGAACAGCUCCGCCCACCCUCUUGACAGCAUAGCUGGACUGCUGGACUUCUUCCUGCUCUACCACCUGUGGAUCAGUGCCAGCUUCCUCCUCUUCACUUGGCACAUCACACUGCUGCUCUUUAGGAUCUUUGUCACUGAGGUGUACAGUUUUCCUGUGCAGUCAUCUUUUACUGAGGAUGUUCACCAGUGUCUUCCUAAAGUUCUUACCGACAACCAGCCAAUGAUACUGAAGUUUCUAGCUCUGCAGGACUUGGCUCUGCUGUCUCAACACUCCCCAUCACGACGCUGUGAGGUCUUCAGUCUGAGUCAGCCAGGUGGCCAUCCUCAUAACUGGAACGCCAUCAGUAAGGAGUGUAUGUCUCUGCUGGCUGAUCUGACCCAGAGACUCGUGGCCUAUCAUGACACUGUAGCAACCAAUGGCAGGGCUAAAUCAUUGUCUACUGGGAGUGAACGGAAGACUUCAUCUGAGACAUCAGUAACCUCAGGUACAGACGAUCUGAUGAGCCCGCGGCCUACUUUUCUUAUGAAAACUCCAGCUUCGGUCUUUGCGCGCUCCAUUGUUGGCGGCCCACAGAGUCCUCUGACGGCGCCAUUCACGCCUGACCUGGACAGCCCCUUUGCUUCUCCCGCCCUGCGGCGUCUUACUGCUCCUGUGGAACAAUUCUCGCCGUGGUCCGGCACAGUGCAGAGCCCACACGUCAUGAGGAGAGGCCCAAAACUCUGGUCCACCUCCACAGAUUCACAAGUCAAUGGCAGUCCCCAGUCAUCCCCUGCCUCAGUUCCCAGUCCCAAGCAGGAACCAUCCAAACCGAGUCUCCUGGCUCAGUUUCUCCAGAACAGAAGAGAACAGGUUAAAAAUUUCUUGGCAAAGCGGGUGCUGAUAAUGUAUUUGUUUAACAAGCUUCCAGAAGCAUCCAGUCAAGCUCUGUUUGCAGACAGCCAGGCGCACAUCUGGGCUUUAGAAGGGCUGUCUUACCUUGUUCAAGCCUCCUUCUCAGAAGACCAGUUUGGGGUUGUACAGACUACAUUACCCAGCAUUCUCAGUUGCAUGCUGGUCUUACAAGAGGCAGUAGAUCGACACUUCAAGCUGCCUCAUGCCUCCAGUAAGCCUGUAAGGUCGACCGGCAGUAUGGGAGACUCUACUUACAAAACGCUGCGCUUUGCUCUCAGGGCCACCCUCAAGACUGCCAUCUACAGGAUAACUACUAUGUUUGGAAACCACCUAAAUGCUAUUCAGAUGUCUGCAGAGCACCGGAAAAGAUUGCAGCAGUUUCUCGAGUACAAGGAAUAACACACCUGACACUUGGCUCCUGUGCCUUCAGAUUCUUAUCAGUGUGAUUUGUGUGUGUGCGCGUGCGUUUGCACAUUAGCACAAAUGAGGCAGCAAGUGAAAGCGCAUGAUAGUGCCUCUUUUAAUAUUUAUGUCUGCACUAUGUCAUGGCAGAUUGUAUUUGAUAGGCUAGAUCACAUCUCCGACAUGCAUGAGGCGGGGGCAGGAAGCCCAACCAAUAAACUGAAACAGGUUGGAAGACUGCUGGCGCCCGCUGUUUGGGGAGAUUUCAACUAGCUUACUGUGUAGAUAAGCGACUCAUUCCAAAGGAUGUUUGUUUCAUUUGUGUUACAAGAAAAUCAUAUCAUGUAAUCUUUGUUGACUUUUGUUAAUUGGGAUGAGUUGUAAAGGGCUAUUCACGCUGCACUUGUACUAAAUUCUUCUGGUUUCGUAUUUAAUCUGUCCUCUUGAAUUACAUCCUUGUGAUUACAAAACAUUUGGCAUCAGGUGUGAUGAGUGAGAGAGAUGUCGGAGUAGUGUGUCAGAAUGUGAUCUGAUAUGUAUUUUCGCAGGUCUGGUUUUGUUGUAGACACCAGCUUGGAGAACCAGUUUACAGCUGUGCACAUCGGUUCAUAGGUUCUCCAAUUAGAAAAUACACCAUAGUCAGAUUUACAGAUCAGACAUGUCUCUGUACAUGUUAAGUAUUUGCUUUUGUCGGUUUCGUUCAUGUGAUUUGAGGUUGUCAUUUGUCAGAUUAAGGAUGGAUAUAUGGUGUGACUGGGAAAAUUUUUUCACUGCCAACAUGUAUUUAGUUUGAAUACCCACUCAAAGAUCUGUUGAAUAAAAUCCAAUAUGUAAAGAUGAUGU